CUCGCUUAUCCAAGUUUCUGAAUUAUCCAAGCCAAUGUUGUAGUCAAUGUUUUCAAUUAUCGUGAUAUUUUGGUGCUAAAUUCGUAAAUACAGUAAUUACAACAUAACAUUACUGCGUAUUGAACUGCUUUUUCUGUCAAAUUUGUUGUAUAACAUGAUGGUUUGGCACUUAAUUUGUAAAAUCAUAACCUAAUUUGAUGUUUAAUAGGAUUUUCCUUAAUCCCUCAUUAUCCAAGAUAUUCGCUUAUCUAAGCUUCUGCCGGCCCGUUUAGCUUGGAUAAGUGAGACUCUACUGUACCAUACAGCUGUAGCGUAAAAACCAGAAAUAAAGGUGUGGUGGUGCAAAGGAGAAGUGAUCAGCAGAAUAUAAGGCUGGAGUGUUCCAUGGCUGUCCUCUCACACAGUUGCUCUAGUGUCAGGUGCAUUUUCAUUCCCUCGAGAUAAGCUGAAAUGGAGCUGACGCAGUAAAACUCUAAUCAUCCUGGGAGGAGUGGUGUUGCUUACCUGCCCGGGAUUGUCACCUGAGUCCCUGGCGGCAGGCUAAGAGCAAGCGAAGGCACCUCCAUGCCGUCAAAUGUUAUGCGUCAAUAAUCCAGCCAUGAAUUGGGGGAGAAAGCUCAGCGCUGUCUGUCUCCUGAUCCUGGCCGGAGUGCUGAGAGCCGGCCAAGCCGUUCCCGUCAAGGCCAAUGUGAGCGUGUUGUAUGUCAACGCCUUGAAGAAUGCCACGGAGAGCGAGAGGUGCGAAUGCGGCCUGUACGGGGUGCACUCCCCUGUGGCCAGCGUUCACGGACCCGUGGUGGCCCCCAACGCCUCCAGCCUCCAAGCCUGCCUCUGGAACACGAGGUUUCCCGCCACGGGGUCGCCGUGGAUCGCGCUGAUCGAAAGGGGCAACUGCACCUUCACAGAGAAGAUCCAGCGUGCGGCCGCCCAGGGCGCCGAAGCCGUGGUCAUCUACAACUCGAUCAUGAAUGGCAAUUACACGGUUCCCAUGGCACACCCCGGUAAGUGUUUUUGAGCAGGCUUCGGAACCUGCGAGCUGCUCCUAGCAACACUUAUUUUCUGUUUAGAACUGGUCUCUGGAUCUGUGUUAAACAGGGGGCCAGUUCACGAUCCCUCGGACUGUUGGAGGGCCGGACUAUAGUUGGCCACCGAGCAAUAAUAAUUAUUAUUA